GAUCGGGAAAAGGCUGAAGGACACAAGCAUCUGACCCCGUAUUUUGGGAAGUGAGCGGAGAAUGGAAGCUGAAAGUGAACAUCAAACCAUGGAAGAGAGCACUGAAAAGAAAGAAGUAGAAAAGAAGAAACGCUCCAGAGUUAAGCGGGUUCUUGCUGAUAUCGCCAAGCAAGUGGACUUCUGGUUUGGGGAUGCAAAUCUUCACAAGGACAGAUUUCCUCAAGAGCAGAUAGAAAAAUCUAGAGAUGGAUAUACUGACAUCUCCCUCCUGGUAUCUUUUAACAAAAUGAAAAAGUUAACUACUGACGGCAAGUUAAUAGCCAGAGCAUUGAAAAGCUCAGCUGUUGUUGAGUUGGACUUAGAAGGCACCAAAAUCAGAAGAAAAAAGCCUCUGGGUGAAAGACCAAAGGAUGAGGAUGAGCGUACUGUGUAUGUGGAAUUACUUCCUAAAAAUGUUAAUCACAGCUGGAUUGAAAGAGUAUUUGGGAAAUGUGGCAAUGUUGUUUAUAUAAGUAUACCACAUUAUAAAUCUACAGGAGAUCCAAAAGGAUUUGCCUUUGUGGAAUUUGAAACGAAAGAACAGGCUGCAAAAGCUAUUGAGUUCCUUAACAACCCACCAGAAGAAGCACCAAGAAAACCUGGCAUAUUUCCUAAAACAGUGAAAAACAAGCCCAUUCCCAGCUUAAGAGUGGUUGAGAAAAAAAAGAAAAAAGGACGAGUGAAGAAAGAAGACAAUGUGCAGGGAAAGGAGGAGAGCAUGGACACAAGCAAUGAGAGUAUAUGUAAAGUGAAAAGAGGUAGGACCGGCUCCGAGGGCUCUGAAACAGAAAGUGUGGAACCCCAAAAGCAAACCAAGAAAAAGAAAAAGCGAGACAGAACUGAGGUGUCCGGCUUAAGUGACGAGAGAUCCGCGAAGAAAAAGAGAAGCAGCUCUGCAGAUGCUGAAAGCCUGGCUCCCAAGUCGAAAGUUAGGAAAACAGUUCAUAGAGACAUUAAAAAAGAGGCUUCUGAAGUUCCGAAAGAGAACAGAGAUUUAGAAUUCUCCACAGAAGAGGAAAAUAUUGGAGAAAUCAAAGAAGGUUCUCUAUUAAAAACCAAGCGGAAGCACAAGAAAAAACAUAAAGAAAGACAUAAAAUGGGAGAAGAAGUCAUACCUUUGCAGGUCCUGUCCAAGAAUGAAUGGAUGGAUCUAAAAAAGGAGUAUUUGGCACUGCAAAAAGUCAGCAUGGCUUCUUUAAAAAAGACAAUAUCCCAAAUAAAAUCAGAAUCAGAAAUGGAAACAGACGGCACAGUGUCUAGUAGGGCUGCAGUGAAGAAUGAAGAAGCCAGUGGUCCAGAGCGUCACCCUCAGGAGAAGGUGAGCCCGCCCGGGCCACAGCUCCUGAGUGGAGUCAUCGUGAAGAUCAGUAGUUCAGAACCUCUGCCUGGCCGGAAGCAAGUCCGGGAUACGCUGGCGGCAAUCUCAGAAGUUGUAUAUGUUGACCUGCUAGAAGGUGACACAGAAUGUCAUGCUAGAUUUAAAACUCCAGAGGCAGCCCAGGCACUAAUAAAUGUCCACACUGAGAUUAAAAAGAAGUACAACUGGAAACUCGAGGUCCUUUCUGGUGAUCAUGAGCAGAGAUACUGGCAGAAGAUUCUGGUAGACAGACAAGCCAAGCUCAACCAGCCGCGGGAGAAGAAAAGAGGCACGGAGAAGUUAAUCACAAAAGCUGAAAAGAUUAGACUGGAAAAGACUCAACAAGCAAGUAAACACAUUCGCUUUUCCGAAUACGACUGAAGAGUGGGGCUCACCAAUGUUUCAUUGUGUCCUGGACAUCGUU